UACCCCCAAAUAUGAGCCCCCAACAAACCAUAGCCUAAAUCACAAAAAUUGAGCCAAAAACGAGUGUUAAUUUGAUGGCUAACCUUGGCCUCUGCCUCUGGUGGCUCCUUCACACCCUGCACUUGGCCACCACCAUCCAUGCCAUGCCGCCACCGCCACCCGUCCAAUGCAACCAAACCGGCUGCAAUCUCUCCAACUCCUACGGUGUUUGGGGGGACAGAAAAGAAUGCCAUGUCCCAAACAUCACUUAUCCAACAACCCAAACAGAGCUUCUUUCAGCCAUCGCCAAUGCAAACAAGAACAAGCUCAAAGUCAAAGUAGUCACCAAAUUUUCACACACCAUCCCAAAACUGGCCUGCCCGACAUCAAUGUCCACAAAUUCAAUCCUAAUUAGCACCGAAAUGUACAAUUCCGGUAUUGAAGUUGAUGUAAACAAUCUGGUUGUGACAGCUGAUGCCGGGGUGAGCCUCCGAGCGCUGAUCGAUAGGGUGGAGGAGGCGGGGCUGAGCUUGGUGGCUGCGCCGUAUUGGGAGGGUGUCAGCGUGGCCGGAAUGAUUAGCACCGGGGCACACGGGAGCUCGUGGUGGGGGAAAGGAGGAGCCAUUCAUGAUCAUGUUGUAGGGAUGAGCCUAAUUGUUCCUGCAAAACAAUCUGAAGGGUAUGCGAAGGUUGUUAGAUUGGAGGCUCAUGAUCCACUCCUCAAUGCAGCAAAAGUUUCUUUGGGAUUGUUGGGUGUUAUCUCUAAGGUGACAUUCUCUUUGGAGAGAGGAUUUAAGAGAAGCAUAACCUAUAAUUUCACAGACGAUGCUCGUAUUGAGGAUGAGUUCAUGGACCAUGCAACGAAACAUGAGUUUGCAGACAUUACAUGGUAUCCAUCAAGACACACAGCUGUGUACAGAUAUGACGAUAGAGUUCCUCUAGACACAACAGGAGAUGGAGUAAAUGACUUCCUAGGCUUCCAAUCCAAUUCUAUUCUUGUCUCCAAAUCAGUCAGAGCUGCAGAGAAAGCACUGGAGAAUGCAAGAAAUGUCAAUGGCAAAUGCGCAAUGGCGAAUUCAUUUAUGGGAUACAAGAAAUUAAUCGCUAACGGAUUGAAGAACAAUUUGAUCUUCACUGGCUAUCCAGUUGUAGGUUAUCAAGGCAAAAUGCAGACCUCUGGCUCUUGUUUAUAUUCUCCAACCACGAGAAUCGAUAGUGCUUGUUCCUGGGAUCCAAGAAUCAAAGGCCUAUUCUUUUACGAGUCGACAGCAAUUUUUCCCCCCCAUAAGUUUGCAGAUUUCCUUCGCGACGUGAGAAAAUUGAGGGACUUGAAACCAGAGAAUUUUUGUGGAAUUGAUAUCUACAACGGGCUCCUAAUACGUUUCAUUAAGGCCUCGGGGGCGUAUCUAGGCCAAUCCGAGGACUCUGUGGUCGUGGACUUCAACUAUUAUCGCGCUGAUGAGUCUUCAACUCCGAGGCUAAACCAAGAUGUGUGGGAAGAAGUAGAGCAAAUGGCAUUCUUCAAGUAUGAGGCUAAGCCACAUUGGGCUAAAAACAGAAACUUGGCAUUCUUGAAUGUGCAGAAGAAGUACCCGAGUUUUAACAAGUUUGUGGCUGCAAAGAAGCAACUGGACCCUCAGAACAUGUUUUCUAGCGAAUGGUCGGAUGAAAUUUUGUUCGGGAGAGAGGCUAAAAAAGGCGACGGGUGUGCCUUGGAAGGACAGUGCAUCUGUUCAGAAGACGGGCAUUGCAGCCCGAGCAAAGGGUACUUGUGCCAACCAGGUCUUGUUUAUAAAGAAGCUAGAGUCUGCAGGUACUCACAAUCCUCCAUGAGCAUGACAUACUACAAGUAAAUUUUCAUGUACAUAUAUGAACAAAAUCAAGUAUUUACAGUGAAAUCAGUUCAAUUCUAUUAGUGAACUAUAUGAAUCAUUAGAAAAAGUUGGAGCUAAUAGUGAAAUCUUGCUGUCAGAGCUCAUUUUUUUGGUUUGGACU